UCUCGAUUCACUUUUCCGGAUCAUUCUCAACUAUGUCCUCGCACGAGCAAGCCGUAGUCUCUCUCCUCUCCAACAUCGCCCUCUCAAUCGACGGCGCCGCCGUCCUCGGCCUGACCCUUGCUUACGCCGCCGCCCGCACGAUCGUCAAGUUCACCUCCAGCUCCUCCGCUCUCCGCAAGCUCCAGGACGCCCCGUCGGUCCUAGCUUCCGACCUCCGGUCCAUGCUCGAUGUCGAAGGCGGUUCCGAUUCGUCGAGCCGGUCGGAAAGAGAGGUGUUCGUGAUCGUGCGCGGCUCCGUGAUGGCGAAAUGGGCUGCCGAAGGAGGGAAGUGUGGCAGCUUGAGGGAGAAUGUCUUGUUCUCGCAUAUCUCCGGUGAUAGGGCGGCGGUGAUCAUACAGAGGACUCAAACUUGCAUAUACAAUGAGUGGAAGAGAUUUUUUGGAUGGACUUCAGAUCUACUCGCUAUCUUGUCAAGAUCCUUGCGAAAACGAAAAUCCUCAUCACUAAGAACGAUUCCUUUUGUGCUACUUAAUGGCAGUCCAUUGCCAGUAGGGAAUUAUGUCGUUGUGAACAUGGAUGGUUCAAAGCAUCAUCUACCUCUUACCACAGUAUUUCAACAACUGCAGCCGAUUAAUACAUCUCCUUGCACAUUCCUUCAGGCAAUUUUUGGUCAUGAAUACCCUGUUGCACUGCUAGAUGAGGAGAAAAUUCUUCCAAUAGCAAAGCAUGUCACUGCUGUCGGCCAUUGCUUUUUGAAAAAUGGCAUUCCGGAGAUCAAGUCAUGCAGUGACCUUCCAUAUUUCCUUACCGAGAUGACAAAAGAUCAGAUGGUGAUUGUUCUUGCCUUCCAGACAAAGAUACUCUUCUGGAGUAGUAUUUUUCUUGGAUCGGCAUCAAUUGGUAUCCUUGGAUUUGCUUUUGUGAGAAAUUGGUACAGAUGGAAAGAAUGGAGGCAGCGUAGACAGCAUGAGCAGUUGCAGCAGAGCCGUGCUGCAGUUGACGAGCCCAACACUCCCAUUGCAGAGGAUGGAUCGGAAGAUGUACCAGAUAGACAGUUAUGUGUAAUUUGUUUAGUGAGGAGGAGGAGAUCCGCUUUUGUUCCAUGCGGUCAUCUUGUGUGUUGUCAUCGAUGUGCAUUAUCUGUGGAACGGGAGGUUUCACCAAAAUGUACUGUUUGUAGGCAGACGAUCUCCAAUUCAGUCCGGAUCUAUGAUUCUUGAGUAUAUUAUUGAUUCUGUUUCUGUUAGUCAAAGGGUGGGAAGAUGUAAUUGUUAGCUUUUCUUCCUUGAAAUAUUCUUAGAAAAAGAGCAUGCCCAUCCUUUAAUAGAGAGACCACAGUGAACUGGUGAUUAUUUCUUGUGUAAACGAGUAACGAUGCUCCGCACGUAUCUCCUUCCGUGAAUAUAGUGUUAUUCUGUAAA